CGAGCAGCGAGCUGGAGCGCGGAGCGUGAGUGAGGGAGCAGAGCUGCCUGCCCGCCCGCCGCCGCCUCCCCUCCGUAAGCAGGAGCCCGGGCCGGGGCCCGGCACGCAGCCCCAGCCCCUCCGUCGUCGUCAGGCCGCGAGGGCAGCGCGCGCGAGCCAGGGGGAGGGAAAGCGAGCGAGCGAGCGCCGGGAGGAGGCGGCCGGACCGAGCGAGCGCCCGCGUGUGUGGCGUGAGGGGAAGCCGCUGCCCGCCCCCUUCGCCUUCCCUUCUCUCCCCCUCCCCGCUCCCCCCCCGACCGCGGAGCAGCACCAUGUCGGCGCCGGCGGCCAAAGUCAGUAAAAAGGAGCUCAACUCCAACCACGACGGGGCCGACGAGACCUCAGAAAAAGAACAGCAAGAAGCAAUUGAACAUAUUGAUGAAGUACAAAAUGAAAUAGACAGACUUAACGAACAAGCCAGUGAGGAGAUUUUGAAAGUAGAACAGAAAUAUAACAAACUCCGCCAACCAUUUUUUCAGAAGAGGUCGGAAUUGAUCGCCAAAAUCCCAAAUUUUUGGGUAACAACAUUUGUUAACCAUCCACAAGUGUCUGCAUUGCUUGGGGAGGAGGAUGAAGAGGCGCUGCAUUAUUUGACAAGAGUCGAAGUGACAGAAUUUGAAGAUAUUAAAUCAGGUUACAGAAUAGAUUUUUAUUUUGAUGAAAACCCCUACUUUGAAAAUAAAGUUCUCUCCAAAGAAUUUCAUCUGAAUGAGAGUGGUGAUCCAUCUUCAAAGUCCACUGAAAUCAAAUGGAAAUCCGGAAAGGAUUUGACAAAACGUUCAAGUCAAACGCAGAAUAAAGCCAGCAGGAAGAGACAGCAUGAGGAACCAGAAAGCUUCUUCACCUGGUUUACUGAUCAUUCUGAUGCAGGUGCAGAUGAGUUAGGAGAGGUCAUCAAAGAUGAUAUUUGGCCAAAUCCAUUACAGUACUACUUGGUUCCGGACAUGGAUGAUGAGGAAGGGGACGGAGAAGAAGAUGAUGAUGAUGAAGAGGAAGAAGGAUUGGAAGAUAUUGAUGAAGAAGGGGAUGAGGAUGAAGGUGAAGAAGAUGAAGAUGAUGAUGAGGGGGAGGAAGGAGAGGAAGAUGAAGGAGAAGAUGACUAAUGGAACACUGAUGGAUUCCAACCUUCCUUUUUUAAUUUUCUCCAGUCCCUGGGAGCAAGUUGCAGUCUUUCUUUUUUUUUUUUUUUCUCCUUCUCCUCUUGUGCUCAGUUGCCCUGUUUUUGAGGUCUCUUUUCUCCUUUAUACCAUGGCUCACAACUUACUUUGGAGGGAAAUACCUUGAGCAGAAUUCAUUGGGAAAAGAAUCUCUACCCCUUUCUGUUCCAGAUUCAUUUUUAUCCCUUCCUGUCUCAACAAAAACUUUAUGGAAUCAACACCACCAUGCUCUGUGGGAAAAAAGAAAAACCUUCUGCUCCCUUAGCUCUGCUGGAAGCUGGAGGGUGCUAGGCCCCUGUGUAGUAGUGCAUAGAAUUCUAGCUUUUUUCCUCCUUUCUCUGUAUAUUGGGCUCAGAGAUUACACUGUGUCUCUAUGUGAAUAUGGACAGUUAGCAUUUACCAACAUGUAUCUGUCUACUUUCUCUUGUUUAAAAAAA